CACCGUUGGUUACAACGACCACAAGCCCCAGCCUGAGCUCCUCCCGACUGGGCAUCGCGAGCCCAGUCAGUCUCAUACUCAUCAAAACCAUAGCAUUGGCGCAAGUAAUAAUACUCACAAGCACGACGGGCACCAGCAGCAUACUGCCAUCGUCCAGCACUCGUCGGCCCUGACUGAGCCGGAUCAGCAGUGGAACGGCGGCCAGGUUCAGGCUGUCCAGGCCCCCAAAUCGGCUUACCUGUUCUGCCUGUCAGACCAAGCAGCCCCCAAGCCCAAUCCCAGGCCUGCAAGCAGCAAACGUCCCCAGCAGGAUCACCACCAUCGCUGCUAUUCCAUGGACAGACAAGACCGGCCGAGUGGCUCUGGUACCGGCUCUGGUAGUGGUUCGGGUAGUGGCAGGACUACUCUGACAGCUCACACCACCUCGAAUAACUGGAACCCUUCCUAUCACCACUAUGCCUCUUCGCCUUUGGCUCGUGCGCCGUCACCCUCACUGUCCCCGCUGCCCUCGUCACCUUCCAUCUCGACUUCGUCUUCUGCCAGGCCUGACAGGCAAAGACAGCCCAGCCCGGCAUUGUCAUCAACUCCAUCGCGAGAGGCCCCCGACACCGAAGCUCCAGGACUAGUAGGCACAGGACCAGGACCAGAUCCAGGACCAGGACUGUCAGCGCCAGGGCAGCCAAGACCAUCGCCAUCUCCAGCUCCCUGUAAUUAUAAUAAGCACCAACAUAAUAAUAACCUGGAAAGCUGGGACCGCGACCAACCAGCACCCGGGCGCCCAUCGCCAUCCCAAUUCCAAUCACCGCCGUCCCAAUUGUCAGAGUCGAGCGGGAGCCCGUCCCUCGCUCAGCACCAUCACCAGCACCACCUCCAGGCAUCCCAAUCCCACUCCAGCCUAGCAUCUCAGGCUUCCCAGCUCUCAUCCCAGCAAUCUCACCGGCAUCAGCCUCUUUUAGACGCCCCCAUUGCCAGCCUGCCCGGCAGCCCUGGUCGACACGCGAAUAACACGUCUGAUCAUCCUACUUCCGCUUCUCACGCUCAAGGUCAUAUUCAAUCUCAAGCCCAACCUCAUCCCCAGCCUCGUCAACCUGACCCUCCUCAGCUGCCUCUGCUUUCAGCGUCCCUGGCUGCCAUCUCACCCUUCAAUUUUGGGUCUCACGACUCAUAUUUACCGUCACCGUCACCACAGCCGCCUCUCCCCCAAUUGUCGGCCUCUGCGGUACUUUCUGUCGCUCGCUUACCCCCUCUGGCCGAUGACAAAGUCUCGCCUCUUUCCGAGACACGCUCUUCAACGCCAGCAUUUCGUAAUCUUAAUCAGAAUCAUCGCGACGACGAGCCUGCUCACCAUCGCCCAUCGCAGGCCAACACUCCACUAACUCGACGUCAGCCUACGUGGGACUCAUCCGCCGCCACUUCAUUGUUUGACGAUCGUUAUUUUGAGCUCGGGCUUCCGUCGAGCAACAGAGCCACGCCUUCACCAGCGUCGCCUUCUGCCUUUGCUGCAGUCUCGAGUGCUGUCGCAAACGAUGUCGCGCGACUGACCACUGACGACAGAUCAGAUGAUUGGUUUAGAUAUACCGCUAGGGAAUCAACUAUCUCCAGAUACACUAGUUCAGUCGGGGAGCCGCACCAGACCAUGACGGUAGCCAUGGCCGCCGACCGGCCGACUAUGCCAGACCAGAACCACUAUCAGGAGCCGGGCUCGGCGUCGUCGUUCACUCCGCUGCCACCCAUCCGGCGGACGUCGACGUUCGACGUUCUGCGCAAGAAGGGGUUGGUAGACUACGACAGCGACCACGCCCCAUCGCCAAUUGAGAAGGACGUGCCCCCUCGAGCCCCUGUGCCUCCCAUGCCUCCCAUGCCAGCUGGGAUGGCCCAGCGAAACGGGAAUGGCCAAUUACCUGCAGCGAACGGGCAAUCUUCCCCGCUCGCCCAGGUUCAGCCGCCAUCACAACAAAAUUUCAUUCAGGGUAGUCAACAGCAGCAACAGCAACAGCAACAACAGCAGAACUACAACAACCAGAAUAAUAACGCUCAUAUGCAGCAGCAACCACCAAAUGGAUAUUCUUACGCCGGCGGGUCUGGUCAAUCUGGUGGGCCUCCACAUCCCGCACUCGCUCAGAUGCAUCCGCAGCAGAUGAUGAUGGGCCGAGGCAGCCCUUUAGCUCAGCAGCAGCAGCAACCCAGACAGAUGUAUAGUCAGCCAGGCUCCCAGCCUGUCAAUGGCCAAGCGCAGACGCAAGCGUUCAUAGCACAGAUGAAGGGCAAUCCCGUGCAUAGGCUUCCUCCUGGUGGUCGGCAAUGGAAAUUGGAGGAGUCGCAUCUGGCCGAGCCUCUGAAUCCCUCCAACAGGAAUCGCUCGACAAAUAGCCCACCUCAGCAGCAGCCCGACCGCUUCGCCUAUGAUAAAGAGACCGGUGAGGUUGUCGCACCGCCGCAGUCGGGCGCGGCUUCAUCGCAACAGUCUCAGCAGCGACAGAGGAAUAACAGUGUGCCUCCCAGCUCGGCGCAACGCUUUCCCGGGCUCUUUGCUGCCCCUGGAGCCGGGCAAGACCAAGGGCCGCCCCAGCAACAAGGCCAGCCUCCUCAGCAGCGGGGUCAGAUGCCUCAGCAACAGGAUCAAGGAAACCCAUCGCAGCAUCCUCUUCUGCGCGAUCAAAACGGCCUAAGUAAUAACUCAAAGGAGCACUUUAAUCCUAGGUCAUCUAAGGACUUAGAAGUGCGUGUCGAUCAAGUUUCUGUGACGAGCGACAACGCGAGUGAGAAGGGAAGACGGGGAACAGGAUCUCUGUUCAACAUAGGCCACCGACGCAACAAUAGCAAUGAGCAAGGCUCUCAACUUGGGCCGGCAGAGAAGAAGCGAAAUUUCUUUGGCUCUGUGGCCGGACUCAACCAGUCUCAACCCAAGCAAAAGUCAAAUCUUGGCCUGAUGAGAUCAGCAACGGUGGAUAAUUCCGACCAAGCUUCUGUCCACACGACAGGGGCAGAUGGUACACCUGUGAAAAAACGUCUAUCAGAGCUCAAGGGUAUGAUUAGAGGUGUGGGGAGUGCGAAGGAAGGUGCAAAGGAUGAUCAACCGGUUAAACCGAGCACCUCGCAUUCGUCGAGACCGUCUUUGCAGGGCCCAACUCGAAGUCAGCCGGGACCUCUGGUCCUCCAGGGAUUCCAGCAGCGGCCUUUUAACCCUCAAGGAACUCCUCCACUUGAAGAGCAACCUGAACAGCCUGGUCAGUUGGCAUCGCAAGGGCCACAGAGAUUUCAAGGUCUCCAGAGAAAGAAUAGUCAGAGCAGUCAAGUGGGACAGCGUACGCAGAACGGUCAGAUGGGACAGAAUGGACAGAAUGGACCAAUGGGUGACGCGGGACAGAACGGAGGAGGUUUAAUGCCCCCACCUCCACGGGGUGGAAUGGGUCGAACCAACACAGGCAGCUCUCAUCCUCAAGUCCAACCGAUACAGGCUGAGGAAAACGACAGGAAAGGUUCUAGCGGAGGAGGUUUCUUGGGUGGAUUGUUCAACAAACAGACCAGCAAGUCGAAAGAGCCCAAAGCGCAAGCUGAUCAACAGACUUCGCCGGCUAGUCAACGGACCAUGCCGUUUCCUCCUCUGCAGACUGGGCAGCAAUUUCGACCUGGUCAGAUGCAAAUGCAGCUACCUGGACAACCGCUCGGGCCGCAUCCGAUGUACGCUGGUCAGCCUCCUUUCCAGCCGGGUCCUCCAGGACAGCAAACUAUGCCGCGGCCCAUGCCUAACUCGCCUGGGACUGAGGUCAUGUCUCCCCAAUCUCUCAUGUCUCCACAAGCUCCGUUUGUUCAGACGGCACGGGCAGUAAUGCUGAGACGGCCAUCGGAGAUCACAGUCUCCUCGCAGACAGCCUCCGCGAGUACGCAGCAGGUAUCUCCUUCUCAGCGGGGCCCCAAUGUGCAAUCACAAAUCUCCCAAGGGGCUACGCGUACCGGGCCGAGUCCGCUUCCACCCAACCAGAGUCCGGAUACAGAACCGGACACUGGCGAGGGAGCUCAAGCGUCGAAGGAUUCGCCCCAUCUCUCCCAGAUGUCGUCGAACGAGGAACAAAGCGUUGGGAGUGCAUUUGUCGUGCCAAAAGUACCUAGCAGAAAACCCGUGGGGUCAGCAGGGUUUUCUACCCAGGAAGGUCCGCCGUUGAUGACCUCGGCGCAUACAGCACCUACUUGGCAGCCCGAGGGCUCAUCAGUCCAAGCACCUCCCAGGCUAUACGAACGGAGGAUGUCUAGUCAGGCGUCGAUAGUCCAAACGAGUCCUCGACUUGGCUCAAAGGGCUCGAUGGGGCAGAUGCGCCAACCCUCCGUUCCGUCACCAGGACCCUCGCCCGUCCCAUCAUCGCGUAAUCAGUCCGAUUCUCCAAACCCGCAAGGUGGUGAGCAAUUCUCGCGGCCUUCGCCUGAGCGGCCUGAGCGUAUGGAUUCGGGACAAGGCCUAGGAGUCACACACGGUGGCCCCAGUCACCAAGCACCCUUGCCUGGUCAGGGCCCUCAAACGAACCAUCUUGUCUGGGGACACAACGGGUUCAGACCCGGUGGGCAGAUUGAGCCUCCCCGACCGACUGGCAGUCCUGCUCCUUCGAUGGACCAGAGCAAAUUGUCGAAGUUUUUCGGGGCGUAUGAUGGCCUCAAACCUGCUGCUCAUCCUCAAGCCGUGAAGGAAAAGAGCGCCGCGUCCAAGCUUUUUGGGGCCUUCAAGAGGAGAGACAAACAAACUGAGAGCAAUCAACCACUGAAACAGCAGCAACCACGGCCCACACCUAACGAGCAACAGCCCCAGCAGAUGCGGCCUGGUACGGCCGUCCAAGCUAGCCAUCCUGGGCAGCCUGGUCAACCCGGUCAGUCUCAGCCAAACAAAGGGGGCCAACCUAUGCCUCAGCACCCGAGUAUGAUGGGUUCAAAGAUGGCUGGACCUGCGCCGCCUGGGCCCCUUGGCCCGGCAACCGGUCAGCCUCAAGGCUCAUUGCAACCAGGGCAAGGCCGCGGUCAGAUGAUGCCACCACAGAUGCAAGCCCAGAUGCAGGCACAGAUGCAGGCUCAAAUGCAAGGCCAGAUGCAGAUGCAGGCACAGAUGCAAGCCGGCAGGGGCCAAAUGCCUCCUCCCAUGAUGCAGGGAGGCCGUGGUCAAAUGCCACCUCAGCAGAUGCAAGGUCCACCGAAGCCUCAGGUUCAGUUGCAGCAACGUCCUCAACCUGGGCCGAAUUCAUCUGAGCCUCGAUACGACCAUGUCCCUAUUCCACGUGGAUACGAAGCUGUUCAUGGCUAUGGUCCCGGUAACAUGAUGGCUCCCUCGCCGUACAAUGUCGGACGCCCAGGACCUCCACCACCCGGACACUUCCAGCCGGUGAUACCACCUCAGCAGGUAGGCUCGCCUCAGCAAUGGGACCCGCGCAAGAUGCCACCCACACAAGCAGGAUCGCCAUACACUCAGCCGUCUGUCUCCUCUUAUCCUGUCUCCCAAGGUUCGCCGCCCCAGCCAGUGCCGAGCCCCCACCAGCAGCCACUGGUUCAGUCAAUCCCUCAGAAUCCAUCGCCGGGCCAGCAAAGCAUGCAUUCGCACAUGACCCAGAGUCCACCUCAGCAGCAAUUUGUGCCUCCUCAACAGCAAUUUGUGCAGACACCGUUGGAUCGUCAAUUCACUCAGGGAUCGCAGCCAGGUCAGAUGCACAUGCAUAUGCCCGGGCAGAUGGCGCAGAGUCCACCUGCUCAGCAGCACCAAGUUCAACCAAAGAUUCAACUGCAAAAUAACUAUCAGCAGGCCCAGUCUCUGCCAGCACCCGCACCGUCGAGCUCUAACGGGGGCGGUGUUCCUGAGCGUGCCCAGAGCCCAGAGUCCACACGACGACAGGAACCCCAGUCGAGAUCUCCAGAACCUCAGACUGCACCUCCCGCUGAAAGCCACCCGGCACAACGAUCACAGCCCCAGCAUAUCGCCACAGCCAUCAGCAAUCAGAAGGUUAAUCCCGUACUGGUACAGCCGAGUUCUGGAUCUAUAGGUUUUAUCAUGGACGACAACGUGAAGCCGUCUGCCCAACCACCAUUACCGCCGACACAGGAACAAGAUUCACCCACCACCCAACCGGCCUCUAGCCAAGAAAGCCUGCCGCCUGCUUCCGCAAGCGAGGGGAGAGCGUCGAAUGAUGCUAUUCGCCUGAUGAGCCGUAUGUCAAUCAACAAUGAGCCACCUAGGAGCGCAUCCCUGAGUCCCGAGAUCACCACCGACCGGAAUAUGACAGUGAGCCCCGAGCCUCCGGGACCACGAUCGGCGCUAGUCAACCAUGUCUCUGAGCAGCAUAUGAACAUUAAUGUGGAGCGAGCAAACGAACAAGGGAGGCACGGGGACGAGGACAUUUACGACGCCACACCCCGUAUGAACAACUCCCAUCUUCAGCCUGAAGAUCUGAACCACGAGAACACGAAAUAUGCAGGCUCGGAAAAGAGUCGCAUUAUUCCUAAUGGUGUAGUCGUUGCCGGUGCUGCUGGAGCUGGCGCUGGAGCUGGUGCCGGAGCUGGCGCUGCGGCUGUAGCUAGCGACAGUGUCAGUUUCCUCCAAGGGGGAUCGGAAGACUCGGAUCCCGAUGAUACAACCCCUCCUCCGCAGCGGGCGGCCACGAUGAACAUGGAGCCCGAGGAGAAGAUCCUCGUUGAUGAGCCUGUCGAGCUCGCGGCCGUCAGCCACGACGACGAUGGCAUUCCCAUGAUGAGCGCUACCUCUUAUCCUGGACAGGAGUGGAAUCCUUACGGCGCGGGUGAGUUCGGCGAUUGGGAAUAA